AUGUGGAAUUAUGUUGAAGCGAAGAGGUUAACUACAUUGACAAAUUCACGAGUUGAAAAUUUGGUAAGCACUAGACCGAAAGGGCAUAUUUGUUGCUGUUGUCCCAUGAUAUUAACAUGUUGUGUUGCAGUACUGCCAUUGCAAACUGCUACUGUAGGAAUGCCUCCGAUACUGCCGCCAGCUUCUAUAAUGGAACCAAUCCCAAUUCCACUGCCAAUAUCAAGUCCACGACCAGUAAUAAUGCCGGUACUGCAUUCGCUACUAACACUGCCAUCACAGCCAAUGCCUCUACCACGACCAGUAGCAGUGCCUACGCUUCCGAUCCCUAUUUCUAGGUGUUUCAUGUUGUGUUUGUUGCAGCUCGUUGCACCACAACCGUAUGCGGCAGAUUUGGUCGCAAGAAACGAACAAUUGCCAUGA